AUGCCCUGGGUGCGACCGAAGGACGCAGAUAACGUGCGUCUUGACAAGGGAUUCGUGUUUCCUCUUCGUUUGAGAGAAGAUGUUUUCAAAUAG